AUGAACGUUCCUAGUUUCCUCGUAGCGGGAGGGAGAUGGAGAUGCUUUCCAAUUCCACUGAGGUCACUGCUGUUUCAGACACUACAUAAUUCCUGCUGUCGGGAAAAAUCCACUGCAACUAAGAAAAUUACUCCCAACAUUGCUUUUUGUGAUGGAAAUACAAAGGAGUGUGGAAAUGCAUUUGACAAACUCUUCUCUUUGGAACAGCAGGCUUCCAUCUUGCAUGUGUUGAAUACAGCAUCUAAUAAAGAACUUGAAGCCUUCAAAUUGCUACGUGGAAGAAAGUCCAUCAAUAUUGUACACUACAGAGAAAAGUUUGGGCCAUUUCAGAAUUUGGAGAGUUUAAUGAAUGUGCCCUUUUUUCAGUAUAAGACUACCAUUCAAGUUUGUAACUCCAUUCUCUGUCCAGAUACAAGGGGGAAAAAAAGAAAAUCACAGGAAAAUCGGCUCUUGGGAAAGCUCCUCAAACCAGAUAUAGGAAGAGAGAGACUAAAGGCAGUUAAUAGUAUCGUAUCAAUUGUUUUUGGUACUCGAAGAAUUGCCUGGGCUCACCUUGAUCGCAAAUUGACAGUACUGGUGCAACAAGAUGAAUGUUGUAGAUUAUUGAAAGGAACAUACCCAUCAUCUGUCUAUUUAGAACAGAUUUCUUCAUUCAUUUCAAAGAUGCCUAAAGCUGAUUUCUAUAUUCUGGAAAAAACAGGACUUUCAACUCAGAACUCGUCUCUGUUUCCUAUACUGUUGCAUUUUCAUAUCAUAGAAGCCAUGCUGUACGCUUUAUUAAAUAAAACAUUUGCCCAGGAUGGCCAGCAUCAGGUGCUAAGCAUGAACAGAAAUGCAGUAGGGAAGCACUUUGAACUGAUGAUCACUGACACACGGACUAGUGGAAAAGAACUAGUGAAGCAGUUUCUCUCAGAGUCUGUACUGAAGGCAGAGCCUCGGGUAUUCUUCCCAUUGGAUAAAGUAGUCCGCUACAGACAGAUGUUUUCAUCUACUGAACAAAACAGAGUAGAAGAGUUAUAUGAUUCAUUAUUACAAGCUAUUGCAUUCUAUGAGUUAGCAGUUUUUGAUGCUGAGCCUUAAAAUUCUGAGGUUAAUGCAUCACCAGUUCUAAUGUUAUAUUAAUUUUAUAUUUAUUAGCCCUAAAAUUGUAAAAUCAACUGUUUUUGAACUUCCAUGUUGAUGCAGGAGAAAACACAUUUGAGUGUUGUGAUUUGAAGCUAUAUAUGCCCCAGAAUAACAUGUUCUUAAACCUAAUCCAUUUCUGUGGGUAUGAACCCAUUUUAGGUAGAAUCUUUUUGAUGAGGUUACUUCAGGAAAGGUGUGGCCUGGCCCACCUCAAUCUGAUGGGUCUUAAUCCUAUUACUCGAGUUCCUUAUAAGCAGAAUGAAAUUCAGACAGACAGAAAGCCACAGGAAGCAUGAAGCUGAACAUCAUAACCGGGAAGUGAAGGGAGACCAGGAGAUGCUGUUCCUUGCCAUCUGACAAACUAAGGACCAAAGAUCAUCAGCGGCAAGCCCCAGAACACCACGGUCUUCAGGAAGAAUGCAUCACCUUGAUGAUGCCUUGAUUUGGACUUUUCCCUAGCCCAAACCAUAAGUGAAUAAGUUCCCAUUGAUUAACCCAACACAUUUCAUGGUAUUUGCUUGAGCAGCCCAGGAAACUAAUGCAAGUGUAUUUUAGAUGUUCUUAAGUCAGACUUCAGAUGGUUGAAUAGCCAAAGCUGUUGUGAGACGCUGUGCCUUUUAGGUUUAAGUGUAUACAAUAAAUGCCCCCCAAACAAAAAAAUUAUAUCCCCUUAAAAGCAAAUACCAUAUAUACUAAGGAUUUGCAUCGUUACCAUAUUGUGUAAAUAGGGAGUAAUGAUUUUUCUGGAUGGCACUCCUUGUAGGAAUAAAAGCUAAAGAUAAUUGUUAACACAACUUGUGGAAUCAUCUCUUAUUCCAUAGGUAGAAUGUGGUUUGAUGCCCUGCUCCCAAAAUGUGAUUUUCAUCAGCUCAAUCUUAUCAAACCCAGAACAAACAAGCUCUGUCUAAUAGGUUCAUUUUUUUUUUUUUUACUUUGAAAUAUCUCACUUGAAAGACUAUCUUUUGAUAAAAGAGCACUUAUUUUUUUUCCCCAUACCUCUCCAUUUUUCAUUCUGUCUACCUUAGUUCAGAACCUCAUUGUAUCUCACCCGUACUAUUGGAAUAGACUUCUAAGUGGUCUCUCAGCCUCUGCAUUCACACUUCCAAUCAAUAUUUUACACUGCUGUGAGAAUACACUUCAAGUGACUCCAUUGUUCAAAACCCUUCUAAGGCUUUGAACAUUACGUUUUGUUGUUGUUUUGUGUACUUUUAUUUUAAUAAAGCAUAAUGAU